AUUGUCGAAUUAUACGAAAUUACACGUAUACGGAAAAUCUCGUAACUUGAUACGAUUGAUAAAUGAGUAAAAAAGAACCAUUGUUCGUUAUACAAAUUAUUAAAAAUAAAGAAUAUAAUGUCGUAUACUUAUGUACUUAAAUCCGAAUUUGACUAAUUUCCGAUGAGAUAUGGAUGGAUAAUGUGGAUAUAGAGGAACACGCGUGCAAAAAUAAAUCGAGUCGAUAAUCGUGAUACCGAUUAUAUUUAAAAGAUAAAAUAACGUUAUUACUAAUCGGUUAAUAUCUUGCGUUUGUGCUGUAUUAUCUCGUCUCUCCUCCUUCCCCUCCUUUCUUUCGACGAUUAACGAUUAUAUCGAAAUUUAACAUUUUAAGAACGCAACGUAAUCAAACUUUGUAUAUUGUAUGUUCCGUGUCAUUGGUAUAGAGUUUGCAAGGGUGGCUUUCCUUGUUUCUAUCGAUCGACGCCUGUGCAGUGAGCGACCUCGACUUGACCGCCGACCAUAGCCCGGAAGAAGUAAUCAUCGUUCGAUCCUUUUAUAUUUCGAAUCUGUUUAUAUAAUUAUAAAUCUUAUCUCUCGUUUUUCUCGUGUUUACGUUAUUCGUUGUGUUUACUCUCUUGUGUUUAUCAAAUAUUAAAUAAGAAGUACGAGAAGAGAAGAACGAAAAACACGUCCAUAGAAAACGCUGAAAAACUAUCGGAGCAACAUCUAAGAAAGCAUAUACAUAUGUAUGUUACGAGGUAAUUGCAGAUCUGUCGUUUAAAAUGAGACGACUCUUCUUCGUUUUGAAAGAUAAUUAUAAAUACGAUAAAUAAUAUGUAAAAAUAUCAUAAGAUAUGUCUGUAUUAAAGAAUCGGAUCGCUGUUCGAAUGCGGUAUGGAAAAGAAUCUGAAAUUAAUUUGUUUGAUGAUUCGAAUAUAAUAUAAUAUUAAUUUUAGUAAUGUUGCGAAACGAUAAAAAAAUUUUUGAAAAUCGAUAAUUGUUUGAAAACCAUUUUUCAAUGUCAAGUAUUGAAAGAAAGAUUUGUGACUCCGAAAACAAUGGAGAUAUAUAUUUUAAUGAAAUUUUAAAGAUUCAAAGUUGAUGAAGAAUUCGUUGUUUUACUGAUAUAUAUAUAUACAUAUAUAUAAAUAAAAAUUGGAAAGAAAAAUCAUUAAGAAAUUAUGAAGAACUGUGACAUUGAGUUAAGAAUGACGACGAACGAUGAAUAUAAUAAUAUAAAAUUUUUCAUAUUUUACGAAAAAAGUUCCAACAGUUGAAAACAUUGAAAGAUAGAAAAAUGUCCGAAAGUAAAAAACCGGCAUCGCCGAUACCACCGCCUGCUUCUACGCAAUGCUGUAAUAGCUUAACGGAUACGCAGUGUCCAGCGCUCCAAGUUACACCACGAAUGUUGCGAUCUCCCAGUCAUGAGAGUGUUACAACUGACCUUUCUCUAUUUAGCGUAUCUUCGAUAGCGAGUGAGUUGCGAGGGGUUAAUAGACUGGUUACUUUUAAAUCGUAUACCGAUGUACAUUUAACUGGUCGUGGCCCAUCGCCUAAACCUGAUUCUCGUCAGAUCCAAAGUAACAGGCCAGCCGAUAUACCAGAAAUUCUUUGGUUUGAGGAAGAAAAUGAAUUGAUUCGUAGUUGUGGAGUACUUUCAUCGGCGCUUGGUCUUCGUAAAAGUUUUAGCACGAGUGACGUAUCUCAACUGCCAAGUCCAGAUAUAUUGGGCCCGAACGGUUUACGAUCAGCUGUAUCGACAUUGGCUCUCAACACUGCCCAAAGAAACACUUUGCUUUUGGAACAUGCACGACUUGAUCAUGCUUCGAGAUCGUGUAGUACGUGGGUUGCGGUUGGUGAACCAGUUGCGAAUACGUCACAACUUCCUAGUCCUCAUGGUGGAGCUAUGCAAGAACAGCAGCAGCAACAAACUUCCGCCUCUCAAUCGGCUCAACAACCUCCUGCUACAUCGCAUCCACCGAUACCUUUCACAGGAGCUGAUUUCGUUAGAUCUGUCAAUAAAAAAGUUCGCCAAAAUUAUAUACGCCGAAGAUUAUUAACAACAUAUCGCGCUUUGGAGCGGCUUUCGCAAAGCGAAUUUAAUUUAGAUCAAUUGGAGGUUGUCGCGAGUGCAGCGCAAACAACUUCCGGAACUACGUUACUGGUCCCUGGAACAACGGGCACUACUGGAUCUUCGUUAUUAGGACAAAAGGAACGAAAUCAUGCUUUAACCAUCAAAGAUGUUGAAAGAGAACGUGGAAAUCAAUUAUCUAAAUACGAAAGAAAUAUGAUGAUUUUUAACUGGCUACAUACUCUUGACGAUACUGCUAUUGUUGACAGUGUAGAAUAAAUUACGUUAAUUUUGCUAGAAGCUGAAAGAUCUAGUCGGUAGAGAUCAUUAACGGUUAAAAUUCAGAAAUACGUUACGGAGAAAUGUUUUAUUUUAUAUAAAAGAGACAAUUUGAAAAAUUUGAAGAGAAUGAAUAAAAAUGAAUAUAGGCGUAAUAAUAAUAUCUAACCGGCUAAAUCUUUUGAUCUCUGGUAUAAUAAUCUUGGGCAAUUAUAACUAAUAUUUCCACUACGCUUAACAUUAAUUACGGUACGUGUUAUACGGAAAAAAAAAAUUUGUAUCAAAGUAUAUUAAAACUCAAACUUCUCACGCAACAAAUAUAACAUUCAAAAAUUAUUUACUCUUUUACAAUUUAAAAUAUUAUUUUUAUAAUAUAUGUAUAAUUAUAAUUUUACGAACUUUGUUUCAAAAUGCACUAUUUAAACGUUAAACGAUCGAACGCUUGACGUCACUUAUACGUAUCCUCGGAUGUCCCGAGAUGAUGCCAAAUUAAUAUUGCGUGUUCAAGAGGUCGAAUAAAUGAGAAAAGUUCCAUAUCCGAGAAUUUUUUAUUAAAUAGUUACGAGAGAUCGAUUAUAUGUUGUCUGUUAAGCAAAGUUAUAUAGGUAAUACUAUUAAUUUUGAGAUUUUAUAAAAUUCCCGCUUGACAAAUGUACCUAUUAUCAUUUUUCGUUAUUAUUAUACAUAUUAUACGUAAUUUCGCAAAACUUGAUGUUACAAAAGAUGGAUUUUUUUUUGUUUAUGAUAAAAAAAAAUUUAAUUCUAAUCGAAAAUAAUGAUUAAUAAAUUUUUUCGACUUAUUCUUGAUAUAUUAUUAUUAGAUUUUUAUAAAAAUGGCACUUUGAAUACGCUCUUAAUGCUAAACACCAUUUCUGUGUACAUUAACUAUUUUAUGUAACUUUAUAAAUAAAAAUUAAGCAGCUAAAUAUAAUGA